UUUUUUAUCCACUCUUCUCCCAACUCCUCGUCUCACGCGGCUUUCUCCAUCCAACUCCUCGGUAAACCCCUCUUUGGCACUGCUUCUUAAAAUCAAGGACAGGGGGAUGGUGGUGAUCCUGCGGCACCGGGCGGUGGGAGGCUUCGUGAGCCACUGCGGCUGGAACUCAAUGACGGAGGCAGCACUGUACGAAUACCAAGUCGUCGCCACUCCGCCCCCAAAUCUUGACUAUAGAGCUAAAGGUGGACAGAUUCACUACCAUCUAUAUUCACACAAGCAGAGUAUUCUCGAGAAGAAAUUGAUGAGGUGCGAUCGGAGUUGGCAGAAUGUAUACAAGAUCAUAUUUAUGAGAGGUAAGAAUUCCGGGAUAAAUUGCCAGGAGAAGGGGAAAAAAAUUGGGGGAAAAGACGGCAAGUGCGACGUCAGAGUUGGUUCUGUACAUUGUGGGUAUGUAUUGAAUGGUGGAGGAUUGCAACAUUCACUUGCUUCCCUCAUCCACUUCUGUCUGUCUCUCUCUCUCUCUCUCUCUCUCUCUCUUCCCCAGCAACACUGCACAGCUGCUUUUCUUGAUCAUUUCAACGGUUCAACCUUUAGCUGUUGUCCAUCUGAAUUGCUGAAUUUUGGAGGUGUUUUGGUCUCUGAUAUCAGUUAGCUUUUGGUUUGGAUCGUAUUGUGGAUGCAUGUGAUCAGUAGAUCUGCAUGCUUGCUGGAUUCUAGUGCUAGCUAUCUAGUCUUUUGAUUCUUUACAAGCUGAUUUAAUUCAAGAAAAUUGACAGUUGAGAGAAGAUGAUCAUGAAGGGGAUGAUCUCAAGCCAGGCGGCGGCGAUCAUGCUCUCACUUCAAUUAGGGCAUGAUCAUGAUCUCACUUAGAUUAAGUUAUUGUAGUAGGUUUAGUUACAUCUUCGAUUAGGGCCAACAACAUAAUUUACUUCACUUAAAGAACAUCUCGUAGAGUCAUGACAUGUAGUGAAAUGCAGAGAUGAGAUAUAAGGAGAAUUGAGUUACAAAUAUGCACAUUGCAUAAUGCUUUUUUCUUUUUCCUACCAACGUUCUGAUAAGCAUUGAAGCCACUUGUGUUUGCCUUUUAUGUGUUUCA